UUUCGUAGUAGAAAAAAAUCAACUACCAACUUGAUUACCAAAUCAUUAUCAUUUUUGAUUCGAAGUGCAAAAACGAUGGCUGCCAUCAAAACGGAUUCAAUUUCGUUUGGUUUUCAAAAAAACAAUAUUCAAGCGUUGAAUAAUGUUUCUAUAAAUGUUCCAAAUGGUAAAAUAUAUUCACUAUUAGGUCCAAGUGGUUGUGGUAAAACAACAUUACUACGAAUAAUUAUUGGUUGUUUACGACCAAAUUCCGGUACGGUACAAGUACUUGGUCAUUGUCAACCUGGAUCACAACUGAAUCAUCAAAUUGGUUAUAUGCCACAAGAAUUAGGUUUAAAUCCAUUUCUACCAAUACGUGAAACAUUUUAUUAUUAUGCACGUGUUAAUCAUGUUAAAAGCAUGGAAUAUAUUCAAAAACGUAUGGAAAAUUAUUUGGAUAUUCUUGGCCUUAAAGAUUGUGAGCGACGUGUUUCACAAUUAAGUAUGGGACAAAAACGUUUAUUAUCAUUAGGUGUUAGUUUAAUUGGCAAACCACGAUUACUGUUGUUGGAUGAACCAACCGUUGGUAUUGAUUCAAUGAUACGACAACAAAUUUGGAAUCAUCUUCGUCACUUAUGUCGAACUGAAGGAACGUCUGUCCUUAUAACAACGCAUUAUAUUGACGAAGCAAAAGAAUCGGAUAUUGUUAGUUUUUUACGUGAUGGCCGCUUAUUGGCUGAAGGUUCACCAAAUUCAUUAAUGAAAAAAAUCCAAUGUCAAACAUUGGAAGAAGUUUUUUUUCGUUUAUGUAUUGCCGAAACGAUUCAAAAUGAUGAUGAUGAUGAUCAGCAGAAAUUUUCUGAAAAUAAACAAGAACAAGCUUUAGACAAAAUCCAAGAUGACAAUGUUGAUCAAGAAAAUUCAAUUUAUCCAUGUUCAAAACAAUUGAUAAAUUGGGAUCAUCUUUAUGCGCUGUUUUGUCGUGAUUAUUUCUUUUUCACACAUAAUUUUCAUUUUUUCCUAUUCUAUCUACUUCUACCAAUGGCAUCAUUAUUUUUAGUAAAAUUAUUAUUGAAUGGUGGAAUUCAAUCCAUACCGGUUGCUAUUCAUAAUGCUGAACAUCAUCAACAACAAAAUGAUGGAUAUCAUUUAUCCGAAUUAUUCAUUGAACAAUUCAAUACAAGUGCAGUGGCUAUAACGAUUUUUAAAAAUGAAUCCGAAGCUGAAAAUUCAAUAAAAUUAGGCCAGAAUUUGAUGGUUAUUUCAUUUCGUGUGAAUUUUUCCCGUUCAUUUGUUGAUCGUUAUAUUAAACAUAAUUUUGGUAAUAAUAAUUCAAGGGAUUCAAGUUCAAUACAUCUUUAUUUUGAUCAUACGGAUAUUCCAAGUAUAUUGAUUAUAAACAAUCAUCUGUUAAUAUCAUUACAAAAAACUAUUGAAAAAUAUUGUUCAAUUCAUGGAUUAAAUUCUAUGCUAUUCUCGGUACCAAUUCAGGAGAAAGAAAUCAUCUAUGGAUCACAUGAUAUAACAAAAACAUCAUCAUUGAAUUUUAUAUUUCCAUCAAUAUUAAUUCAAACAUUAUUUAUGAUUAAUUUAGCUAAAUCAUCAUUCGAAUUAAUGUAUCUUGGUGAUUAUGGUUGUAUGAAUCGUGAUCUAAUACAAGGUGUUCGGCCAUUCGAAUUGAUGUUUGAAUUUAUUCUUGCAUCUUGUGGAUCAUUGUUUGUACAAAUCUGUUUAAUGAUGAUUUUCAUAUUUAAUGUAUUGAAAUUUCCUUUAGCUAAUGAUUUUCUAAAUCCAUUUUGGAUAAUUACUUCAACAUCCAUACAAGGUAUGGCUACCGGAAUUCUAUUGGCCAUUCUCAUUUCGAAUAAAGUUACAGUUAUGUUUUUUUCUUGUGGUCUAAUAAUAACAAUGGGUUUUACAUCCGGUGCAUUUUGGCCAAUAGAAACAUGGUCAUCAUUUUGGCAACAAUUUGCUAUAUUUCAUCCAUGGACAAUGCCAUUAAAAUCAUUAUCAUCGGCAAUGUUUCGUGGUCAUUAUUACCAAAAUCAUGAUAUUUUAAAUGGUCAAUUAGUGAGCCUAAUACAUUGUUUAAUAUUGAUUUUAGCAACUAUUAUUAUAUUUCAUUAUAAAAAUCGUAGAUUUCAAUAAUCUUUUUUUU